GUCAUUAGUUUUUUUCGUAUAAAAUGCAUAAUUUUCGACUGAAUAUUAUCACUUGAGGCGUGACAUCCGAAGAUAAUUGAUCCACCAUGGUUUUCAAGCUUCUACUCCUUCUACCUGCACUGGCAAUCGCCAAGAUCGAGAUAGAGCUUUCUGGUACAUUUGAGAAAGAUCUCCAUCUAUCCUUCACAGGAGAGGAGAUUGACGUCAUCAGUGACCGCGAAAGAGACACCUUCAAAUUGAACGACAGAAAUGUGAAAACAGGCGUAGAAGCCUACUUCGGCGGGUGGCCUGACGAUGCUUACUUGAGGAGCCCAACUCCAUGGGGCGAUCUAUUCAAGUCAUACGGAUGGCCGGAAGUUAGAAGAACUCUCGUCCCCAAAAGAGGCCGCAUUCUAUCCAUGACAUCCCAACCACAGAUUGUCAUGCAGCAAAUCUUCGAGAACAACAGCUCCAAACCCGCCACCUUCAACGUUGGGAUAUCCCAAUCCCUUCAAAACACUAUGAGCUCUUCGUGGAGUAAGUCAGAAGAUCUUACCAUCAAUUCUGACAUCGGCUUCGAUUUCGAUAUUGACUUCGCUAACAUUGCUGGCAAGACUUCAAUGGUGUUUUCUUCGAGUUAUGGAAGCAGCAGCCAGAAAGCACAGACUGUGACUGUUGGAUCUUCAUCCCAUGUCGAUGUUUUGUUACAACCUGGCCAGUCUGUUAUGGCUGAGCUGCACGCUACCAGAGGAUCCUUGAAGGUUGAGAUGGAAUACGAGGCCAGUGUAUCUGGAGACGUCGCCGUAAACUACAACACGCCAUACAAGGGUCAUCAUUUCUGGGGUCUUAGUGUUGAGGCUGUGAUGAACAAAGCUGGUUUGAGCGAUCACCUGACAUCGAAACAGGUCAUUGAUGUCGGCUUCUUCACCAGCUCCAACGUAGUAGUGUAUGACAGAAAGUCAAAUGAUAAGAUGAUGGACAUAGCUUUUUAGAUUAUUACUGUAUAAGUUUCUGAAUAAAGUAUUUAUUUGAGUGUUAA